UAUUUCCGAUAACGUUUUCUUCAUAAACACCUGUGACUGUGAGUCUACCAGUUCUUAUCUAGCUGUCUGAUGUUAAGAUGACCCUUAUUUCAUGGAAAUUUAUCUUGAACGUGUAAUGAGUAGAAUUUUUAUCAUAUACUUAAAAAUUUUGGAAAAACAAAAAGAAAGACAUAAACAUGUCACUUCUUAAAUCUUUGUUUACAUUUUCCAUUGUUGUGGGCGGGGUCGCUGUGCUGUUAUCCCUGGGUAUUUUUAAACAACAGAGAGAACAGCUCUUUUCAUACAUUCCACAAAGUCUUAGAGACCGCUUAUUUGGUGGCCAGAGGCCAGUCCAAUCCAAUGACAAACUUUUCACAGUUGUUGAGUUGGAGAAAUAUCGGGGUGUUGACGGAAGCGAUAUUUACCUGGCCGUCCUGGGACAAGUUUUUGACGUCACUAAGGGCAGGAAACACUAUGGACCAGGGGGAACCUAUCACUUCUUCACAGGUAAUGCAGGCACAAGGGCCUUUGUAUCAGGUGAUUUCACAAAGGAAGGAUUAAAAGAGGACCUCACUGGACUGUCUCUCCAGGAUAUACAGGGUAUAGCAGGCUGGGUCGACUUCUACAAACAACAGUAUACAUAUAUAGGAAAACUAAUUGGACAUUUUUAUGAUGAACUCGGUAAUCCUACCGAGGCCCUGGAGGAAUUCAAGAGAAGAUACGUGGAGGCCCAGCAGAAACAGAAGGAAGACAACGAGGACUUACGGAGAUUCCCGCCAUGUAACUCCGAGACCAAAGUCGGCAUUAGCAGGCGGCUGUGGUGCUCAGAGAACAGUGGUGGCAUAAAAAGAGACUGGAUUGGAGUUCCCAGACAGUAUUUCCAACCAGGCCAUUCACAAGCACGAUGCGCAUGCGUCAGAGAUAGUGGUCCGCCGUCUUUAGGGAGUGGUUCUUCCAACAAUGGUGACUUAGAUAACCCAAAUAUGAAAAUAUAUGACGGAUGCGAGCCAACAGCAACGUCAUGUAACUUUAAAGAUUAAAAAAUAUUAAAACUUA